CGGGGCAGCGCAUGCGCGUUCCUGCAGCCUAGACGGGAACGGUGGAGUGCGCGUCCCCGAGUGUCUGCGCAGCCGCUGCCGCCGCCGCUGUGCCGUCUGUGUCUGUGUGUGCAGGGGGGGAAGAUGGGUGACGGGCCCACGCCCCAUUAACGUUCACAGUGUUACCAGUAAACCCUCAUAAGCCCGAGCGUGUGUGUACAGUCUUGUAGACUGGGGCCUUCCCCCGAUCACCGUGCCCCGGUACCGCGCCCGCCGGUGGACGGGUUACUGUUGUCAGCGGCCCUCUCGCGUCCACACCCCACUCACACACGGCAUUGAUGGUAAUGUAUGCAAGGAAACAAGCGAGACUCAGUGAUGGCUGUCACGACCGAAGGGACUCCCAACCCUACCAGACUCUUAAAUAUUCAAAGGGUCACCCAAGUAGCGGUGAUCACCGUCAUGACAAGAUGCGAGAUUCUACAGACCCGUCUCCCCCAAAUAAAAUGCGUAGAUCAGAUAGCCCUGAAAAAUAUGCUGACAGUGUUGGACACGGCAAAGCCAAAAGUGUGCACGUUCACAGGGUGCGGGAGAGGGAUGGAGGGACCAGUUUUUCUCCACAAGAAAAUUCACAUAACCACAGUGCUCUUCAUAGCUCAAAUUCACAUUCUUCUACUCCAAGCAAGGCGAGUGAUUCUACAUAUGAUCCUGCAGAUGACUGGUCUGAACAUAUCAGCUCUUCUGGUAAGAAGUACUAUUACAAUUGCCGAACAGAAGUGUCUCAGUGGGAGAAGCCAAAAGAGUGGCUGGAGAGAGAGCAGCGCCAAAAGGAUUCAACCAAAGUGGCAAUUAAUAGUUUCCCCAAAGACAGAGACUAUAGAAGAGAAGCCAUGCAAGCCACAGCUACAGUUGACGAGAAACAUUCCAAUGACGCAAGCAGCAUGCUUCCACAGAAUAUCUUGUCGCAGACAAGCCGGCACAAUGAUAGAGACUACAGACUCCCCAGAACAGAGACUCACAGUAGUGCAGCCCCGGUGCAGCACACAAUUAAACCGGUGGUUCACCCUUCCGCUGCCCCAAGCACUGUUCCUUCUAGUACUUUUACAGUACAGCCUGACCACCCUCCUCCAAAAAAGUCAUUUGACGCAAAUGGAGCAGCAGCUUUAUCGAAACUGCCUAUCCCUACAGCUUCCAUCCCAGCACAAAAAUCGGACAGAAAAGACUCAUCAUCUGCUGAGAAACCAUCCUGUACUACUCCCUCUACAUCAUCUGCCCCUGGACUAAAUCCCUCUUCUGCGCCUCCCGCCACCGCCUCCUCCUCCUCCUCUUCUACAGUCCCCGUGUCACCGGUGCCACAAUCACCAAUUUCUUCACUAUUGCAGGACCCCAAUCUCCUGCGACAGCUGCUUCCUGCCUUGCAAGCCACUCUACAGAUUAACAAUUCUAAUGUGGAUAUCUCCAAAAUUAAUGAAGUCCUUACAGCUGCUGUGACACAAGCUUCUUUACAGUCUAUACUUCACAAGAUUAUCACUGCUGGGCCCUCCGCUUUCAACAUCACAUCGCUAAUUUCCCAAGUUGCACAGCUGUCUGCACAAGCCACACAGUCUAAUCAGUCUCCUAUGUCUCUGACAUCUGAUGCCUCUUCACCGAGAUCAUACGUAUCUCCCCGCAUCAGCACACCGCAGACUAACACCGUUCCUCACAAACCCCUGAUAAAUACAACGUCUGGAUCUUCACAGCCAAAGGCCAAUACCACGGUUGGUGCAAAGCAAGGACCAUCUACACAGACUGUACCUCAGCAGACUGUGACUGCUGACAAGCCCCAAGGACAUGAACCCUCCUCCCCCCGAAACCUUCAGCGACAAAGUAGUCAGAGAAGCCCGUCUCCCAGUCCAAACCAUACCUCCAGCACUUGUGCAUCCAGCACAUCAUCUGUCACACAGAGCACGUCUGCACGAUCGUCCUCGUGUUCACUGACGCCAACGCUAGCUGCCUACUUCAAUGAAAACCUUUUAAAGCAUGUCCAAGGCUGGCCUGCAGAUCAUGCAGAGAAGCAGGCUGCGCGGUUGCGUGAAGAAGCUCACAACAUGGGGAGCAUUCACAUGUCAGAAAUUUGUACAGAGUUGAAAAAUUUAAGGUCUUUAGUUCGAGUAUGUGAAAUUCAAGCAACUUUGCGCGAGCAGAGGAUACUGUUUUUGAGACAGCAAAUUAAAGAACUUGAAAAACUUAAAAAUCAGAAUUCCUUCAUGAUGUGAAGAGUUGUCUUGCACGUGGACUUGGGACUGUAAAGCGGAGCGAGCCCGGUCUCAACACUUUUGAGCUGCAGACGAGUAGACUUUGGACCGUUGAGCCGGGCAGUGGACACUUCAGGGGGAGCGGGACUGGAGGGAGUGUCAAUUC